CGGCGCGGGUGGGAGUGGCGCGCGCGCCCCCCGCCGCCUGCCGCCUGCCGCCCCCCGCCCCUCCCGCCGCGCUCCCUUCCUCCCUCCUCCUCGCUCCCUCCCUGCGCUCCCCGGCUCCGGCCGCGCGCUGGCGGGGCUCCGCAUUGCACACUCUGGGGGCGCCGCAGUGAUCGUGGGAUGGGGCAGCGGGCUGACGCUGGUGGCCGGAUUCCGCGCGCAGCCGGGGUGUGUGUUGUCUCCUGUCAUCCCGAGUCCCCACUCCCAGGCCCUCUGCAUGAGUGACACUUCGGUCUGCCAUGGGACCUGGCCCUGCUCUGGCCUGGCUCCUGCUCCUGAGCCUGCUGUCUGAUUGUCUGAGAGCCACCCAGUCCCGAGACUUCACCGUGAAGGACAUUAUCUACCUCCACCCUUCAACCACGCCAUAUCCUGGUGGAUUUAAAUGUUUCACCUGUGAAAAGGCAGCAGACAAUUAUGAGUGCAACCGAUGGGCUCCGGACAUCUACUGUCCUCGAGAGACAAGAUACUGCUAUACUCAGCACACGAUGGAAGUCACAGGAAACAGUAUCUCUGUCACUAAACGCUGCGUCCCACUGGAAGAGUGCUUAUCCACUGGCUGCAGAGACUCUGAGCAUGAAGGCCACAAGGUCUGCACUUCCUGUUGUGAAGGAAAUAUCUGUAACUUGCCACUCCCCCGAAAUGACACUGAUGCCACAUUUUCCACAACGUCACCCAUAAAUCAGACAAACGGACACCCACACUGCAUGUCAGUGAUAGUGUGCUGCUUGUGGGUGUGGUUAGGACUCACGUUAUAGCAGCUCAGUGUCGCCAUGGAUAGCAGCGACUGGAUGGUCCAUAGUCGUGCAUGAGUCAUUGGCCUGACAGUCGUUCACGUGUGAGACACAACUCUCAGCCGCCAGUCAUCGCAGCCAAGCUUUGCUGCUACCAUGGGAACAACCACUGCUUCAGUGUAGUCACUUUGAGUCUCGCCCAUCAAAGUCAGCCUACCCCCAAUACAGACCCUGAGUUCUAUGCCACAAACCUUUUUUUCACUCCAAGAAAUAGAUCUGCAUUUACUGAGCUCUGGGGUUCUGAAUCUGGAAGGAUAAAUGCAUGAAAUGCAGGAAGUCUUGAAACCCUCUGAAAUGUUUAGGAUAUAUUCUAUGGACACCAUAGAUGUGUGUUUUUCUGGAGAAAGGUAAAGAACAACUUGUUUAAAAAUAAUCAUGAAUUCAGUUAUUACUUAGAUAUUGCUUUAGAAUGUUAAAACUUUGAUUUCAAAAUAAAUGGACUAUUUUCUUGGAAAUUCUGGCCAAGUCCCUGGAAGAGUAGUAAGCAAUCUGUCCAGUUUAAUUUUCUCAACAUUCUUCUCUCAGUGCUGGAAAUCAUAUUCCCUUUACUCUGUGUUCAAGAUAAGGAGUAUUUGUGGGGGUGGCUGGAGAAGGAUUUUCUUAACUUCAUGGAGCUAACUUCCAUAAACUGGCUGUUAUCAUUCCCUAUAAUUGGUGAGACUGGCCUUGACCUGGCACCUAAAAAUGUUCCAUGAGGCCUUGGAUUCCACCUGGGCCCGUGGUGUCCAGAGUCCCAAAGCAGGAUGGGAUCGUUUUCUUCAGACAUAGUGUUCUAUUUAGGCAUAACUGAUCUAGACGGAGAGAGGAUUUCAGAAUGAAAGCAUGGUGUGUGGAGGUUAGUCCUACCUAUUUUAUUUUGUGGGCCCAGUAAAUGGCUCAGCCAGAUUCUUCCUUUAUCUGUGCUUCACGCUAUCAAAAGCCUCUCUCUCCAAAUCCUCAGUGACAUCGCUUUUUGUAUUAAUUCCUCUCUAGAUUGAUAGGGUAAAAGGACACAAUAUGUUAGGAGAAGAAGGUGGACCAGUAAGGUGAUUGCAAGACUAGUAAGGAGACCCAGGGGGAAGUUUUUGUUUCUUUUAGAUAAUUGCUUUUGGAGCAGAUGGUAGAAUUUUCACCAUCCCUCUGAUUUUUGGCACCCCAAGUUGCGAUUUUUCUUCUUCCUUGUGAAUCAUUUAAACAAUAUUUAUUUUUGUAUGACAUAACUAGAAACUAAAAUAUAUUCUAAAAAAAAGUGUUUAUUCUGAAUAAAAUGACCAAAUUAGAAUACUUAUUUUUCAACAGUGGUAGAACUUAUAUGUUUGUUGAGAGUUAUCUGUAAUACUUGCACCAGUGUUGAAAAAGUUAACAUGUUGUAAGCAAAGGUAAUGUCUCUGCCUCGAGGAUUUUUCUCAUGGUUUCUUCAGUGGUGGUAUAACCCAGAAGUAUUCAGGUGGUGACCACCACUGCUCUGAGUUUCUGUGCAGGGUUAUGGGGCACAUUUUCCUGAGACAGAGUGGAGCCAUGGCUGAUAGAGAGGACAAUGUUGUCAAGACCAUCAGCCAUGCACAGAAAAAUGUCUCUGGCUCAUAAAAUGAGAACCCCUCAGGGACCAAAUAUGAACCCACAGCAGUAACUCUGAUACAAAAUAAUCCAAAUUGUAUCAAAUAGCCUUAAUUCAGAGUUUUAUAGGCUUAUCAAUAUGUUGUUUAUACUUGGGGUGGGGAGAGUAGAGGGAAAGAAAGCAAGACAUAGAUCCAGCACGUCCUCUGUGCCAGGCACUAUGCUAAGCACUUUACAUACGUUAGGUCGUAUAAUGCCUGCAAGAGCCCUCUAGAGAACGUUACUAUUACAGUAUUUACACUUUACAAAUGAAGGUAAUGAGGCUCAAAGAAGUUCAAUAACAUGAUGCCUUUUCCUUCAGAUUUAGGUUAUGUGAGAUGAGGUAGGAGUGCAAAGGAAAGGGAGGUGGAAUUACCCCCCUAGGAAACUUCCAGGCCUGACUUCAUGGGAAUUUAUUCAUCUUAUCUUGUGGCAUUCGAGUCAUCCUGCUUCUGCAGGAUGCUAUUAGCAUGUGUCCUCAGAUAAUUUUUUUUUCCUUUAGGGAAUGAGGGUAUGGUUUCUUCAUUCAUCCCUCUUGCUAAAAGAGGAGACAGUUGAUUGUGCAUCCUAUGAUGCUAUAAGAUAAUGCAAAUUUGAUGUUGUACAUAUCUACAAGUCCCAUUUUUUAUGCAUGGUUACACUCCACUAACAUCUUCCAAGUACUGCAUGUGAUUUAAAUAAGAAACAAUUAAGGGACCACACCAAAACCUUCCUGGCUGGUGAACAGGGAUGAGGUCCACAGGGGUAUAGAUUCAUUCACCACCCAGGGGGUUCUUGCAGACUCUACACAGAGUUGUUGCUGCAUGCAUCCCAUGUGCCUGUUAGAAUGGCUUGUGUUUCAUUCUUUUGAAAGUUGUUUGCUCACUAUCCCCAGCCUCAAGGAGCCAAGAAAGGACCAUUCAUGCGGAAAGUCCAAGACUGCUCAACCAUCUGACUUUUCUACCACAUUAAACUUUCCAUUAAAUCUCACCAUUGGUGAUGGCUUGAAGUGUAAAGAGCCACAAUGUGUAUAUUAACCUAUGUACCACAUAUUUAUUUUUAGACUCUCUACAACAUUCAUGUCAAUAUGGGAUUAAUGCUUACACUUUGUAAAUAUUGUAUAUUUUGUAAAUCAAUGAAUAAAAGUUUUAAGUGUAUCUCACCAGGCUCAUCCCUGCAAAUGCACAUGUCAAUCAAUGAUUAAUGCACCUAAGUUGUGCACAAGACAUUGGGCUUAGCACCACAGGGAACUUCCUUCCAGGAGCUCACUUUCUAGUUCUACAGACAAGAAACACAUGCAUGAAAAGAUACAAGACAAGUCACCCGUGCCAAAUGAUUCAAACAGAUGGUUUAAGUACUGCAGAAAAUCUAAGAAGGAAAGAUUACCAGAAUUUUCAAUCAGGUCUACAAUUCCCUACAGCAUUUAUUUGUUAAAUCAGGAAAU